UUUCUUUACUUUUGAUUUUUUACUGUCAGUGUCUCAAACACUGAACAUACAUGCUGUACAGACUUGACAUUGAACACUUUGUAUUCAUUCAGAAACUCUGUUACUGUGGUUUUGGAAUUACAAAGGAGAGUACUAUUUGGAUCUACCUACUAUUUUCUUAAAUUGAUAGCACUCAUUUCAGAAACAUGGGACCACGCAGUAUUUUGGUGGUGCGAAAUAUAAGUUGGGCAAGCCUGAAAAGUAAGAAGUCGGAUUUUUAGGCUCAUGUCAUAUAAUUAAUACUAGCCGAUAUACCCAGCGUGGCCCGCGGUUGCAUUAGGGCCCCAUCCUGGUGAGACCACUGAUCCCAUUGGGACCGCGAUCACAUUCUGAUACCGAUCUAAGCGCAGUCCCGUUUCCUGGUGUGAUCCCGAUCCCGGUAGAUCCAUUCAAUUUCAAGGUACAGGUAAGGAUCCCAAUUCUGGUGGGAUCCUGAUACCGUUGGGAUAAAGGUUUAUGAUGGGAUCCCGACCCCUUUGUUUCUAUCCCGAAUUUUUAAAAAAUACUCACAGUUACUGAGAGAACAGUAAACUCCAGGGCAGUAUAGAAAUAAAUAUAACUAACGUUUCAAUAUUCCCUUAGAUCCCACUAUAUAUUAUGAUAUAUCCCUUCGGAACAAUUUAGAAUUUUAUGGAACAGUCUAGAUUAAAUUUAAUAGCCUGCUCGAAACAUGUGUAAAAACUACUUAUCUAAUUAUUUUUCAAAUACGAUAAAAAUCUUCAACAAAUGCCAUGGCCAUAAUUAUAAUCCUUUUUCUUUUAAGUUAAUAGAGGAGCCCCAGUGUGGGGCCAAUUCAAUAACUGUACCGAUAUAGUUAUGCCUGAGAUAGGGGCCCUAUAAAAUCAGACAGAUAAAUAAUAAAGUUAAAAUUUAAAUUUUUCCAAUUAAAAUCUACUUAAAAAUGCCACAGAUAUAGCUUUUUAAAACUAUGGAACUUUCUGGAAAAUUCUAGAUUGGAUAUUAUUAGUUUUAAAUGCACUGAUAUAUCAAUACAGCCAAAGAGGGGUAUUGCUGCAACGCUAGGCCUAUAUUCAUCAAUUCACAUAGAAACUACAGUGUUGUCUCUAAGUCUAAAGUCUAAGUCUAUUGAUAUUUAUAUAGCUUAUAUAAGGAAAAUUGAACUGGGCCCCCGGCCCCAGAGAAAUGGAUACCGGUAUUAUGAGUUCAGGACCCUUCGGUAUUUGAAUAUGGAUAAUAAAGUAUAUGUGUACUAAGUUUGGUCAAGAUCCAUCUACUCAUGUAGGAGUAUUUGUUUCUAAUUAUUUUUAUAUAGCUCGUAUAAGGAAAAAAACAAAUUCAGGGCCCCUGGCCCCAAACGGAAUGUUAUAAAAAGUUCUUAACCCUUAAGAGUUCCUUCUGCAUAAUGAUGGAUAUAUGUCAUAUGUGCCAAGUUUGGUCAAGAUCCAUCAAUCCAUGUAAAAGCCUUUGUGGAACAAACCCACAAACAAAAUUUCACUUUUAUAUAUAUAUAUGAUAUAUGAUUAUAUUGCAAUUAAAAUGGAUAAAUAUUAUAUUUAUCAUUUAUAUUAUCAUAUUAUUUGAGUGGGUGACACUGACUGAGACUGAAUGUUGUAAAAGUAUGGUAUAAUUACAAGUUAGUUUGACAUUUUGUAGUGUAAUAGUUUAAAGUUAUUAGUUAUACUAACACUUAAGUUAUAGUUAUAGUACUGAGUACUGUUUUGUAUUAAGUAGCCUAUAAGUUAUACAAGUUUUUUUUAUAUAGUUAUAGUCAUAUAGUAUAAGUAUAGUAAUUGGACUCAAGUGAAGUCAAGACAAUUUUAAUUUCAGAAUGUAACUAACUAAUGGGAAGUCAAGACAAUUUUGAUUUCAGAAUGUAACUAACUAAUGGGUCUGGGCACAGUGACAUGGCAAGCCCUUGCCUUGCCGUGGUGGACUUUUGAGUUUGACCCCCCCCCCCCCUAAAAACAAUAAUGUAUGUAAUAUGAAUCCUGGAAAUAACAUUCUUUGACAUGCCAUGGUGCUGUCCCUGAAAUUGGAGUAUGCACUAAAAUGAACUUGGAAUAAUUUGUUUUACCUUGGCUGCAUCUGUAUAUUAGUAUAUGGCANGGGGGGGGGGGGGGGGGGGGGGGGGAGUGGAAGGAGGAGGCGGAAAUCAAGAGCGGCAAAGGCUCUUGAGCAACAGUGGCAAAUAGACUCAUUAUCAUCGAGCUUCCGCCUAAAUUUAAAAAAAAAUAAAUUCAUAAUAAAGUGGUGCAAUUGGGCACAUACCUGACUUUGGUUUUGCAUCAUUUAACACUUUUGAAGGGAAAAAAAUAAAGAAAUGCUGAGAAAUUUAUUUGUCCUUCAACCUGGUUGUGUUUAUACAAAUCAUUUAUUUAUUUUUAGUUGUUCGUAAAUAGUUAUGUUUUAUAAUAUUUAUAUUACUAUUUUAAAAAAUCAUAACUAUUUAAUUUGUUUAACCUUCUUUAUUGAAGAUGAAUUUUUUUUAAUGGUGCAGAUACAACAUAACAGCGCUUUACGCCACAAAAGCAUUUUAUUUCCAUUCUGCUGCCAUUUGAAUUAUGGCCAAUUUCAAUUUUAGUUAACCAGAAAAUAAAUGUGUACAGUGUUACAAUAGAUACUUUUUUCUUGUAUUUUGUCUAAAAUAUUAUAGUAAUUGUAACUCCAAUGCACCAGCCUUUUAAAUUAAAUAUUAAAGAGACAACCAUUCAGAAACUGGAUUAUAUGUAGUGAUACCGGCAUUAAUCUAAACUGACUAAAGUCACUAAGAUGAUAAGGAUGAUUUGAACACUGUCCACCCCCAAACACAAAGAAUGCAUAUUUCUUUGGCUUUUGUUUUUCUUUACUUUACAUGGUUAUUAUUAGUAUUAUGCAUCAACUCUAAAAUUAAAGGAGCUGUCUUCUUGUACUGAAUGAGCCAUAAAUACAAUUACAACUGCAGUGUUCAAACAAGAUAAAGCAUACUUGAUUUUAUCUCUCCUUACCCCGGGCUCUAGUAAGACUUUUGGUAAAUACAAAUAAAAUUAUGUUAUUCCCUUGCAGCUUAAUCUUCAUUUAAUUUGUAAAAAUAAUUUAGAAUAAAUUAAAUAGCUUAGUUCAUAACUUUUUCCAUAGGUGAAUUACGAAAGUAUUUUAACAAGUUUGGAACCGUUCAUGAGAUUCGACUUCCAAUGGUAAGCCAUCAUUUCAAAUUAUUAUAUCUUUCUUAAAGUUAAACAUCAAUAAUGGCAAGGGAGGGCCUCACAGUAUGUCCCAUUUGUGUAGUUCCAAAUGCAUGCACUAGAACGUUUAAAAAGAAUGUUCACCAUUUAUGUAGUAGAACAAGUUCUUACAAGGAAAAAAAAUUUUACUAUUCAAUUACAAAACAUUUUUUUAAUGUCGAUUCCAAAAUUUCAUAUUCCAGACCUCACAUUGAGGUAUAUAAAUACAUUUAAUUAGAUUGCUGUCUCAUUUUACAUGUAAUUAGCCACCUUAGAUCUAGAUCAGCUUUAAAUGUCGGAAGAAAUGAAACAAAUGUUCAAAUUCUUCAGUCUUCAUCACAUUAAAUGUCGUGUUUUGCACUUAAAAACUCAUUUUGACUGGGGGAAAAUGCCAAUGAAAAUUUAAAAAUUAUUUGUAUACCGAUACUCCUAAUUGGUGUAAUUUAAGUUCAAAAUUUUAUUAAUUUCUCUAUUUAUUGGUGAAUUUUCAACUGAACCACUAGUUGAGGAUGUUGAGAUUAUUUCAUUUUUAUGAUAUUUUAAUGUUUCACCUCAUCCAGUAUAUGUUUAUGAUUUGUUUUCAUUUGUUUCAGAACUAUGAGACUGGAUUCAACAGAAAUAUAGCAUUUGUAGUUAUGAGUGGCAAAGAAAAAUAUCUGAAUUCUAUCUUAGAAGACUACCAUGUUAUUGAUGGAAAGGAAGUAAGGCUGCAGUAAAUACAUGUUAUAAUAACAUUGUCAUUAACCCUAAAACUGUCUGAACGGCCAUUAUGCCCCUCUCUUUGGUGUCAAUACCCAUAAAAUUGGCUGCUAUCAAAAUCGUCAUUAAAAAUGCGAAAUGAUUUAAAGUACAUUGCUCUAAAGAGGAAAUCACUUUAAAUAAAUGAGUGUGCUUUCUAUUUCUGUUUCUAUCUGUGUGUGUAAACAUGCUUUCAUCAGGGCUUGGGUUGUGAAGUAGAAGGAGCGUUCACCGAUGGUCUUAGUUUUGUCUGAUGCUGGAGAAGAUCCCUCUAGAUUGCAAAAUCAACACAUACUUUAUUUAUUAAAUGGAUUAAAUGAAAACAAUAAUUUCAGAGGAUAUUCCAUGUGAUUGGUGUGAGUAUUAGUUAGCACCAGCACCCUGGGUAGAUGGGACUUAUUAACUUUGGAUGGCAACUCAUCUAACAGAGUCUAAGCAGGCAAACUCUGAAAUCAAACCCAAGUCCAGUAGGCGGUAUGACAUUACUUAUUUAUGCUUUUUACCCAGGCUAGGGCAUAGGCUGUUUACAAGAAUUUUCCAUUCAUCUCGGUCCUGUGCUAUCCUUUCUAGUUAGUUGCUUCCAGGUGUAUCCCAUGCUAAGCGUGUCUACCUCUAGCUAGCGUCUUCAUCUUUUAUUAGGCUUUUCUCUCUUUUUUUGUCCUGUGGAUGCCAUUUGCAAGUUAGGGAUUGUCCGGUGAUGUUAUCCGGGGGUUUAUGAAGAGUGUGCCCCAUCCACUUCUAUCUUUAGCUAUGUCUUCAGCAUUAAGUUCCUGGUUUGUCCUUUCCAGUAAGUCCUUGUUGGUGAUGGUGUUCGGCCAUUUGAUGUUCAGAAUCUUUCUACGGCAAAUGUUUGUGAAGGUCUGUUCAUUCUGCUUGAUGCUCACUGUUGUUCUCCAAGUUUCGGCUUUGUAGAGUAAAACUGUUUUUACAUUUGUGUUGAAAAUUAUGAAUUUGUUUUGCAGACUCCCAUAUUUUCUUUAAUAGCACAAAUGCUGACCUAGCAUUCUAGCCCUGACAUCUGCUUCGGAUCCACCAUUUAUGUCAAUGUUUCUGCCUAAGUAUGUGAAGGCCUCCACUUCUUCAUCUGCAUUUUCUGCAGAGAUAUGCUCUUGGUUGGCUGAGUUUACCUUCAUGAUCUUUGUCUUGCUUUUAUUUAUAUUGAGUUCAAGCUGUGCUGAAAUUGUAAAUACAUCUUUUCAGGGCCGGCCCUAACAAUUGCAGGGCCCUAUGCGAAACAGAUUGCGCGGGGCCCAGUCUGGGUAGGGAUGAGGAUAAUAAGUGAAAAUUAAGAUUUUGUAUUCGAAAAUAAAGUGCGGGGCCCUCUGCGGCCGCAUAGGUUGCAUUGGCCUAAGGCCGGCCUGCAUAUUUUGUCUUUUCCUGCAUCUUUUGCUGGCUGUGGGUCAGAAUUGCAAUGUCAUCUGCAAAGUCUAGGUCAUUCCGCUGUUCCCGGGGUGCCCCUGUAUCCUGUUGCUCUUUUUAUCUGUGGAUUUUUUCAUUAUCCAUUCAGUGGCAAUCUAUGUGUUUUUGCUUCACCGGUCCUAAUACCUUGUGUCGACACGAUGAAAAAUUCAGAAAAUUCUUUCAAUGUAGAAUGCAUAAAGAGCACAUUAAAACACUCAAGACACACUACUAGUCAUCUACUGCAUCCUGGUCUAUUUCCAGUUGUCUUGAAUAAGCCUUGACAUUGGAUCAAAUCGUCAAGGACGAGAGAGUGAGGGUGACAAAUUGAGUAACUCUCACUUUAAACAAAAUACAGUUCAAAUAAAGGCUACUUCUAAUCCUAGGUCAUCUUCUUGUGCUAAGGACAAACAAUAAGUUAGCACUAGCGGUGGUGGUGACAUGAGUUACAUAUUGACCAUUUUUGACCUAAGCUCAGUCAUAUAUUUAUUAUUUAGUGACACAGACAUGUUUUUAUGAAAGGGGGGAAAAUGAAGAGAAAAGACAAAGAUUGAAUCCCAAGGCCUAUUCUAAAGAGAUUCAAAUACAUGUUAUGUUCGUGUAUGUUCUAGUGUACAGUAUUAAAUAAUUUAAAAAAUUGGAUUAAACAACUUCAGUAAAAAGUUCUGUAUUUCCCCCAUUGCAUUUUGUAUUACAGAAAAUUGAAGUUAGUGAUUGGUGAGGUGAAUAACAAAAAUUUACCAAAAUUAUAUUCUUCAAAACAAGUUCAUUUUAAAAUAAUAAAUUGACAAUUUCUGAAAGGGUGCUUCUUUUAUUAUCUAAAAAGCUUAAAGUAAUGAUUGAACAAAAAUGUUAGAGACUGGGGUGGGUUAAGUGGUUUAGGACUAGUAGGAGGGGCAGGGGGGUCUGCCCCUGGUGGCACCUUUUCUCUAUAUAUGGGUGGUUGGCAUUUACGACCAAGUCAAACGGAAAGAACGGAUUAUUUUAUUUUCAAUUAUACCAUCCCUUUAACACAUAUUAUGAGAUACUGGAACUCCGAAAUGUUGGCUUAAUUCUUCAAAGCCUAAAUAUUCUGACCUAGCCAGUUAAAGUAACUAAAAAUAUUUUGAGGGAAAAAAGGAGCAAAGUAGAAAAAACUAUCCAUGAACUAGGAGGAGUUCAAUCAUAGGAUGGUAUUUGAGAUAUAUUUUCUUUUGAUGACAUGAAAUAAGAAGCUCAAUGCAGGCUAAUGUACCAGCUUCUUUAAUAUAGGGCUACACUAACACAACAAAAAAAGUAUGCCUUAGCACUCCUCAUGGUCAAAACUUAAUUCAGGCAAACUCAAAGUCCUCUUCGAGCGACACGUGUUGCUACGCCACUGAGUGGCUGAAUGCUGAUGUUGAGUAUUACAAAUUACUCAGUGUGAAGCUCAAGGUCAUUAUUAACUAACAUAAUUAAAUAAUUCUUUUUCAUACCAUUUUGCCUUAUCCAAUUUUAGAAAAUGUAUAGACUACAUGUCAAUGUAAGGAUCCCUUAACUCAUAUUUUUGUAUGGUAUUUAGUUGUUUUAGAUAAGCUUAUUAAAUGCUAGAAGGGCUUGUCGCUACAGAGGAGAUGAUCUUGACAUUUAUAGGGUUAAAUGAGUGCUAAUAAUAAUAAUAACAUUGUCAUUAAAUUUGUGCUAAAAAUAUCUAACUCUAAGGUUAUAUUUGUCUUUCAGGUCAUAGUAGAACUGCAAGCUGAACGUAGUAACCAGGUGGAUAAUCAACCGUCAUAACACAGAGAAGAAAUUAUGUUAAAAGAAAUGGACAGAGAAACUUGCACAUAAUAAAUCAUUUUAUACUGAAGUCACAGAUUUAAUUUUGUUUAAACUUUAUUAUCAAUUCAUGACACUUAACAUAAAGGAUUAAAUUAAAUUACACUUUCAACAUGAGCUUUUAAACUACUGAUAAAUCAAAUAGUAGCCAAUAGUUUUUACGCUUCAGUCAAAUAUAUUCAUUAAUUGAACAAGUGAUCUUGCAAUUUCCCAUUAUGUAGUUCAUUGCUAAAAAUUGACCUAUAUGUGGACACUGUUGACUUUGUAAUGUUGAGAUAACAUUGGGCUAACUAGUAACUACGACCAAACAUGGUGUAAUGUUUAGCUGGACUUGUGCAGCCUGGCAUGAUGCAUUUGGUACCAGGUUUCAACUCUUGGGGUUGUUGAAAAGGAAUACACAAGCCUUUAGCACCCAUAGCUGGAGCACCUUCCUCAACAAUCACAUCUCUGUAAUGGGAAAUUAAGAUUGAUAUUUGAUUAGAGUGUAAACUUUCUGUCAAAGUAAACAUCCAGAUCAAGGGUUUUCCAAGGAAAAUUAUAGGGGACACUGGGGAAUCAUGUUUAGGAUAUGUUUUUCCUUAACCUUCAUAAUGUAGUUGUGGUGCCCAUUAAAAAAUUAACUUCAGUACCAGUACCAAGAAAAGAGAAAUAACUCCAUCUCGACCAUAAGUUGCUGACUUUAAAAUUUAUAUCAUCCGUCAUAAAAACUGAUGACAAUUGCAAAGAAAAGAUGAAAUUUUAAAAUAAAAUAAGU